ACUAGAAAAAUAAAAGUAACAGAGACGUGACUGAUCGACCAAGCGGCGAACGAGCCGAUCAGUGGUGAAGAGGAUAUAAGUAAAGAUAUAAUAUUAUAGUUUAUGGAGGUGACUACGGGUGCCCUAAAGACUCGUCCUACAAGACUACUCUGCUGGGGCCUCCAUAUCAUGAGGUGUCUUCUUGAGUAUGAGCAGUGCAUCCCUGUAGCUUGGGACAUUACCUAAAUUCUAUAUAAGCAACAGGGAGUUUGUAAGGAGGCACCAAGAUCAAGGCAGAAGUGAUGGACAACAAUAAUACUGAAUCAAGUCUCCCAACCAAGUCCUUCCAACCUCCUUCAGAACCAUCAGGUUUGGUGUUUGCCUCUACCACCAUGAAUGAAGAUACCCCAGACCAAUCUCAAAGCUCAGUGUCUGAAGGAAUAGCAAAGCCAUCUACUAGUACAUCAAGAUCAAAUAUUUUUCCUAGCACAUCAUUCCCAGUACAGGGUCCUUGGGGGAAUUCUUCAAGUCCUUUUGGUGGACCCGAUACUUCUGUACCUUUUAGUACUGGUUCUGAAGUAUGCAAUUCUUUCAGUAGAGUUGAUAAUAAUGAUUCAUCUAAUAAAGGUACAAACAUUUUUGGUGGUACAAUUGCAAGUUCAUCAACAGUUCCAAAAUUAUUUGGAGGAGAAGAAUUAAUUACAGAGAAGGUAAAAGAAUCUGAACUGAAAAAAUCUUUUAUAUCUGAAGUGUCCAUACAGUCGUCAGAUGAUACAGCCUCUUUGACAAUAACAACAUCAGCCACCCCAACACCCUCUCUCUUUGGUGGUACAGUCACUAGCACACCAGCAGUUACCAACACAGAUAGCUGGCCCUCCUCUGCUUCAUCCUCUAGUAUAUUUGGAGUUGUAGAGGCCCGACAAGUACCCAAGGUGUUUGGUGGAAGUUCCACAUUUCCACUGUCAGGUAGUAUUGCACUAUCUAAGCGUCCCUUCAGUGGGAAUAAAACUACAACUUCAGGAGAGUCAUUGAUUUCUGGUAAUAUUAUAGAUGAACAAGCAAAGGAAUCAAAAGUGUUUCCACUCACUUCCAGUUCUAGUUUGCCUUUCUCUGGUCAUCAAGCCUUGCCUCCUGCCAGCAAGACUCCCUCUGUGUUUGGUGGUUCAUCAUUGGUGGCAAAACCAUUCAGCAAAACACCUACUAAUUUGGAAAAAAAAGCCCUUCUUAGUAAAACUGAAACAAACAAAAUAAGUAGCCAAAUGGCAGAUGAAAAACCUCACCAAGGGGCACCGGAGUCUAAAAGUGUUCCCACUUUAAUACCAAAGGUAAUACCAGAGCUCUUUGAAAAAGAUGAAGCACAUGCUUCUAGUAGUAGCUUACCAACCUACCACAAAAAAGAAUUAACAAAGAUUAUUAUUGCCCAAAUUCCAGAUAGAUGCAUGGACAAAGAAAUUUUGAAGAAUCACUUUGGGAAAUUUGGAGACGUGAAAAGGAUUAUGCUUAAUCCAAAAGUGAAUCAGGCAACAGUUCAGUAUAGUAAUCACCAUGCAGCUUCUAAAGCCAAAAAAAAGGGAAAAAAAAUUCACCCAAAACUGCCAGAAGUAAAGAUCUUUUAUGGUACUCCAGUGCGUCGUAAGAGUGAAGAAGGAAAUUCUGAUGCUAUGAUGUCCAAGAAAAAGGCCAUUAAAACUCUGCAACACGGUCAGCAGUCCAGUGAUCUUGACCCAUAUAUUCCUCUUGAGCGUCCUUGUAGUGAAAAAGCCAAACAACUAAAGCAUUCUUCUACCAAGACUCUCUUUCAAAAAGAUACACAUUUGAAUGUCAACAGAAGAAGUGUUACCAGCAAUAAGAUUCCAAGCCGAGCCAUAUCUCCAGCAAGGGAAAAUAAAGACCCAACAUUAUCCAUUGAGGGUAAAGAUAUGAAGGCCAUUCUUGACUCCCAAGCAGUAAAUAAUUUUGAGAAACACGUAAUACUCAAGACCCGUGAUAAAUUAUUGCGGAAUGAAAGAACACGAACCUCCGAUUUAAAAAUGGCCUCAUACUUGGCAGCCACUUGCCCAGACAUGUGUCCGGAACUUGAACGAUAUAUGCGUGAUGUUCAAAAUGACCUUAGCUCCUAUGAGAUGACAAAUGGAGUCCUUGAUCAUCGACUUGUUACCAAGAAAUUUUCCAGGAGCAGUGCUGAUAAAGAUGUGCCACUGCCACAUGAGCUGAGACCAGGGCCAGUGUUGUUAAGAACAAUGAACUUCUUAGUGUGUAACAUAAUUAACCAAGGUGAUGCUGAAGAUACAGAGGUGGAUGUUUGGUAUAACUAUCUAUGGAACAGAACACGAGCAGUCCGCAAUGACUUAAUGCAACAGCAGUUGACAAAUUCUGUGGCGGUUGUCAUUAUGGAAAGAUGCACUCGUUUUCACAUUCAUGCUGCUGCACAAUUAUGUCAGGAACCUUCAGAUCUUUUUGAUGCAAAGAUGAACACAGAACACCUGAUCAAGAGCUUGCAGACUUUAAAGGAGCUCUAUCAUGACCUUGGAGAAAGAGGAGAAUAUUUUGAAAGUGAGGCUGAGUUUAGAGCUUAUGAAAUGCUCUUAAAUCUAAAUGACGGAGAGACCAUUGUUACACGGUAUUCACAGUUUAGAGAGGAAGUACAAAAAUCUCUCCAUGUCCAGUUUGCACUUAAGGUUGUUCUUUCUGUAACAUUCAAUAAUUAUGUCAAGUUUUUCAAGCUUAUCAGACGUGCCACAUACCUGCAGGGGUGCCUCCUGCAUAGGUACUUUAGACAGGUGCGAUCCAAAGCUCUCGAUAUAUUCAUGAAGGCAUACGUUCCCUCGAAGGCACCACAGACAGUUCCUUUACAGACUGUGAUUAAGAUACUUGGGUUUGAGAAUGAGACUGAUGCAGUGAAUUACUUGAAGUGCCAUGGGAUCAGUGUAGAGGAUCAGAAUGUAGUGUUUGACAAAUAUGCAUUCAUUCAAAAUCCCGAAGAAAUACCACAGUUGGUUAGACCCAUCACGCUAAUAGAUGUGAAUCGGACAUGUUCAGUGGGAGAAGUUAUCCAGGGAGGGCCCAUCCCUGACAACCCUCUACACACACAUGUCCCACAUAAUAGCUUCGAUGACCAGGGUUAUCUGAAACCUGAAGCAAAAGAUGCUUCUGACCAGAAGGGCGAAAAUGCCCCCAAACCUCCGGAGAUGUUGGAUUCUGUUUUAAUGAUUCAGCAGUCUGAAAGGCUACAAAACUAUGAAUUGUUGGCCCAAGUGAAAUAUGUGUAUAACAUGAUUGAGUCAAGUAUUAUAGAGGAAGUCACAAAGCAAGUUUGCAGUGAGUGUAUUGAAGUAUUCAAAUACGAGCUAUCAGUGAAAGAGGCUGCACACACUGUCAAUCUUGAACUUCUGGAAGAAAGUAUUCAAGAAGAAGUUAGAACUUUGAGCUGUGAAGGACUUUGUGAAGUUAAGUGCGAAAAGCAGGAGAUGCUAAGAAGACAAAAGGAAGAGGAGGAGAGAAAAUGCAAAGCUUUAAAGGAGUUAUAUGAUGCUGUAGGCAGCUCAAUUAAUGCCAGUUAUCUCAAUGAAUUUACUGAUGGAUACAUGAGGCAGAUCUGCCAAGAAUCUAUACAAGAAGUUGAAACACAUGCCACUUUGACAGACCUAAUGGAAGAACUGCCCUCCCAAUUUGUAAAUGAAAUCAUAAUGGAACAAUUAAGGCAAAUCAGCAUAGAAGUCAUUGAAGAAAUGAAUGCUGAGCAAGAAUCAAAAGUGCUUGAAUUACAGCAAAAAAUUCUUCUUCGAAAGACACGCGGGUAUUUCCGGAAAUGGCGUGUACGGGUGUUGAAGGCACGGAGACAAAAGCAAUCUCAGGAGAUGUUUCCUGCAGAUUGUUCCCAUUUAUCUAUCACACAACAGAAUGAUGCCUUUGGAUGGGGUUAUCAGAGAAGCAGGACAAGUGAUAAAUCGGCUCUUCAACUAGCUCGACUGGAAUCUAGCAUCUCAAGAAAUAUGGAGAAGGUACUUAUCAGGAACCAAUUAAUUAAAGAAUAUGCUUGGCACCCUUUACUCUUAAAGCAUCUUGUAAUGAAGGAAGUUGAUAAGUCCUUACCACCACAUAAUUUGUUAAGUCAGUACUUUAAAUUCAUAGUCUGCACAUCAGAGUCUUCUGGCUCAACAAUAUUGCAUUGGCUACGAGCUAAGUUGGGAAGUGAGAAAAAUGUUGACCUCCGAGUGCCUUUGAAUAACUGCUUCAGUUUUGUAUCCAAGAAGAGUGGUGUAGAGUAUGGUUGGGUGAUGAAGGAAGUUUUAGUUGCUACAACUUCUGCUGAGGACAUUAUGGGAACUUCUGCCAUCUUGUUUGUUACCUCCUGUAGAGAUAAAAAAGAAUCACAAUACUGGAAGAUUCAAGACUUGCUAACAAAGAAAGUAAGAGCAUCCCAGCAUGUGUUACAUUAUAACUGUGAGGCUUGUGAUGCAAAUGCUUGGAAUUUGACUGAAGCAGAUUUGUUGAAACCUGAAACAUCUCUUAAACUUCAGUUUCUUAUGAUGGGAUUUUGGAAGCAGCAGGAAACACUGGGGAAACUGGUUUCUUCCCAUAUGAAUAAUUUUGUAUGUGGUUUCAUUGCAGAAAAAUUUGUGGAACCUGCACUUCGUAAGCAUAAUGAGAGAAAGGCGGAUGGAAAGUCUCCAAUUCCUCCCUCUGUACUGAUUGAUCUUUACAACAGUGUGAUUGACUAUCUGAUUAAGACAGUGAAAAAUGAAGAUUUAAAGAACCUGGAGUGGCCACCACCAGAACUGAACCACCUCGGUCAAAUUCCUCCUGUAACAUGGAAUAAUACUGAUGCCAAACAUGUGGCUGAUAUACUCGGUCACAUCAAGUUACCAACACUAUGGAUGGAAGGCAUCAUGAGUUGGAAGAACAUCACCGAGGUUCUUUACACCUAUGUCACUAAGGUUUCUGGUCCUCAUGAUGAUGGUAUUAGGCUUGUAUCUCACCUAAAUGCCAUUCUUUCUAAUACACAGAAAAUUUUGGGUCCUAUUCUUGGUUAUGAGAGUGACACCUGCCAAGGUUGGGAGCUUCAUGUUCUACAGCUUCCUUGGACUGAGCUAGUGUAUGCCUGUGUAUCAUACAAGCUAUCGGAAUUACCUGAUAUUCCAGUGUUUUACCAGCCCAAAAAACUUCAAUCAUUUACCAGUCCACAUUCCUGGUGGAGUGCCUGUGAUACUUCCGAUCCAUUAUGGACAGAGGAUGCGAAAGAGAAUUACUCACCAUGUACAAGGAAGCGUAAAGCUGAGAAGCAAGGUGAAUUUCCAAGUGAGCAAAUAAAAAAAAAAAAAGACCCAUCAAAAUUUCUGGGUGAUAUUGAGAAUGAGAAGCAAAAGUGUAAGGAGUUUGAAAAGAAACUAGAACGUUUGCUUGUAAGUGAAGAGGAAUUAAAUUUACUUUUUAAUGUUGAAAGUUAGUACAUUAAUGUACAGUAAUACACUACAAAGAUAAAAAAAAAAAAAUCUUUGUCUCAGAGUUAA